AUGGGGAGGAUGGUGCCGACCCUUACAUGGACAGGCAUGAUUAAGCAGGUUUGCAGAGGCUGGGUGAUUGCAAAAAGCAGGACAAGGGCAAGUCUCGUCGGCCCCGUCGUGGUUGGAGUUGAGCUCCUUUUUACUGACUUUGGCCGCCGGCGCCGACAUGGUGCUGCUCCGCGGUCGGGGAGGGUGGGGGGAGCGGGGAGGGGGAAAGAAGGGAAGGCGAAGGGGGGGGCGGGCAGCGGCUUCCCCUCACGCCACACGCGCGGGCGCUCCAAAGAAUUUCAUCUGAAUGAGAGUGGUGAUCCAUCUUCAAAGUCCACUGAAAUCAAAUGGAAAUCUGGAAAGGAUUUGACGAAACGAUCAAGUCAAACACAGAAUAAAGCCAGCAGGAAGAGACAGCAUGAGGAACCAGAAAGCUUCUUCACCUGGUUUACUGAUCAUUCUGAUGCAGGUGCAGAUGAGUUAGGAGAGGUCAUCAAAGAUGAUAUUUGGCCAAAUCCAUUACAGUACUACUUGGUUCCUGACAUGGAUGAUGAGGAAGGGGAAGGAGAAGAGGAUGACGACGACGACGAAGAGGAAGAAGGAUUGGAAGACAUUGAUGAAGAAGGGGAUGAGGAUGAAGGUGAAGAAGAUGAAGAUGAUGAUGAGGGGGAAGAAGGAGAGGAAGAUGAAGGAGAAGAUGACUAAUAGAACACUGAUGGAAUCCAACCUUUUUUAAUCUUCUCCAGUCCCUGGGAGCAAGUUGCAGUCUUUUUUUUUUUUUUUCCUCCUCUUGUGCUCAAUCGCCCUGUUUUUGAGGUCUAUUUUCUCCUUUAUACCAUGGUUCACAACUUAUUUGGGGGGGAAAUACCUUGAGCAGAAUUCAGUGGGACAAGAAUCUCUACCCCUUUCUGUUCCAAAUUCAUUUUUAUCCCUUCCUGUCUCAACAAAAACUAUGGAAUCAACACCACCAUGCUCUGUGGGAAAAAAAGAAAAACCUUCUGCUCCCUUAGCUCUGCUGGAAGCUGGAGGGUGCUAGGCCCCUGUGUAGUAGUGCAUAGAAUUCUAGCUUUUUUCCUCCUUUCUCUGUAUAUUGGGCUCAGAGAUUACACUGUGUCUCUAUGUGAAUAUGGACAGUUAGCAUUUACCAACAUGUAUCUGUCUACUUUCUCUUGUUUAAAAAAAGAAAAAAAAAACUUAAAAAAAUGGGGUUAUAGAAGGUCAGCAGAGUGUGGGUUUGAGAUGUUUGGGUGGGUUAAGUGGGCAUUUUGACAACAUGGCUUCUCCUUUGGCAUGUUUAAUUGUGAUGUUUAACGGACAUCCUUGCAGUUUAAGAUGACACUUUUAAAAUAAAAUUCUCUCCUAAUGAUGACUUGAGCCCUGCCACUCGAUGGGAGAAUCAGCAGAACCUGUAGGAUCUUAUUUGCAAUUGACAUUCUCUAUUGUAAUUUUGUUCCUGUUUAUUUUUAAAUU